CCCCACUGAUACAUGAGCAGGAGAUCCUAGAGCUCACCCACAAGAUGAUUGAGCUGCUGACUGGAAAGGUUCCUAUAAGGUGUCAGGAUGUGGCGGUCUAUUUCUCCAUGGAGGAGUGGGAGUAUAUAGAAGGACACAAGGAUCUGUACAAGGAGGGCAUGAUGGAGGCUCCCUGGCCUCUGACAUCACCAGAUGGAUCCAGGAGGAGAAAUCCACCAGAGAGAUGUCCCCAUCCUCUGUAUUCCCAGGACUGUCCAGAGGAGAAGCUCCCAGAGAACCAUCAGGUAGAUGGAGCUGAAGUCUCACCAGAAUCUGAUUUUUAACGUCAUUAAACCAAAGAUUAUUUUACAUUUUGUUUUCUUGUUCAUGAUGAAAAUCUGAUUGAUAUUAAGGUUGAAGUUAAAGAUGGAGCAAAAGAGAAGAUGGAUUUAUGGGGCGCUCAGCAGUGUAAGAAGCGUGGGGGGUGACUUUUAUGUAUAAUUUGAGGGUCACCUGGAUAAUACUCCCAUCAUCACAUGUAAUAAUCUCUCCUGCCCCUGUGUGUUUCCUACAGUUGGACUCAUAGAAGGAAAUCCCCCCGAGAGAUGUCCCCGUCCUCUGUAUUCCCAGGACUGUCCAGAGGAGA